AUUACAACCACCAAAAGCGGCGGUAUUCCUAUUUUCCUACAAACGGUCGAAGUAUUUUCGGUAGUUUUGUUUCUUCAUCAGCAGCGCAGGCCCUCUUGUUUUUGUUUCAAUACAGUCGGUCCUUAGUCACAAUCUCUUUCUGCCGCCUUUGUUGUUUUCGUCGAAUAGAAUUGCAGACGCGAGGAUUCCCUUGGCUGCAACUAGAGGAUGUCCUCCGCCGCCGCCGUCGAAUGGAGUUGCAUUCUCCAACAGACACGAGAGUUUCCUUUGCUGCAAUUAGAGAAGCUGCUCUUAAACUCCCUCCCUCUCUUUGAAAUGUAACAAUGUGAAGGUGAACAAAUUUAGCAGCUUAAUAGAGGGAAAAUAUCAUAUAUAUAGGAAAAAUAAAUUUAAUACUUAAUUUUUUUUAUAAAUUUACACCGAACCUUGCUAAAAUAAUAGACUUGGAGAGCUAUGCCCUUAUCACCUAUGGGCUAUGACUAUGGGUUUAUUUUGAAUAAUUUAAUUUUACUGCUAACUACUUCACUUUCCCUCUUCUUCUGCUCUAUCACUUUCAUUGAGGGUUUUCUCACAUCAUUCUUUUAUCCUUCAGCCCUAAUUCCCCUUCUCCCUCGUCUGCAUCUUCAAUUCCAGAGUUUGGGGACACAACAGCAGAUUCAAGAAAAGGAUAUGGCACAUGUAGAACCUGAGAAUAUGGAGAUGAACUUGUAUCAAGUAAAUAGUGCUGUGAGGAGACCUCGUAUCCUGCUCGCUGCCAGUGGAAGUGUGGCUGCAAUAAAAUUUGCUAAUCUUUGUCAUUGUUUCUCCGAGUGGGCGGAAGUGAAAGCUGUUGCUACCCAGGCAUCUCUCCAUUUCGUAGACAGGAUAGCUCUUCCCAAGGAUGUAAUACUUUACACUGAUGAGGAUGAAUGGUCGAGUUGGAAAAAAAUAGGUGAUAAUGUGCUCCAUAUUGAGUUGCGUAAAUGGGCUGAUAUCAUGGUCAUCGCACCUUUGUCUGCUAAUACACUUGCCAAGAUUGCCGGAGGUUUAUGUGAUAACUUGCUGACCUGCAUUGUCCGGGCAUGGGACUACAGCAAGCCAAUGUUUGUAGCGCCAGCCAUGAAUACCCUCAUGUGGAACAACCCUUUCACUGAACGCCAUCUCAUGGGGAUCGAUGAUCUUGGAAUCUCACUUAUCCCCCCAGUGAAGAAGAGGCUGGCCUGUGGAGACUAUGGAAACGGUGCAAUGGCUGAGCCUUCCCUAAUAUACUCGACUGUAAGACUUUUCUUUGAGACUCGAGAACAAUGAAGUGGUGGCAAUGUUUAGCCUGAUAUGUUGCAAGCUUCUCAUCCAUUUCAACGAGAAAAUAGAGUGUCUCAGGUUUGUUACUCAAAAACAAUCUCUUACUUGUAGUGUGGUUGUGAAAACUGCAAUCUGCUGUUACGAAUUUUACUGUUUGCUAUUCGAAAUCGUUGCUCGUGUGUUCUUAGUGUUAGGAAUUUUAGUGUUUGCAAUUCGAAAUCGUGUGCUCGUGUGCUGUUAGAGUGUUGUCCACAUGCAACAAUUGUUGGAGACAUUUAGAUUUGGAUUGUCAAGGCAUAGGCCAUAGAUUGAUUAUAUGUGAUUUUUUUCCCCUGUAUGAGAUGCAUAUUCAUCUGUUGUUUUCCUGCAGUUUGCAUAAAAUUGUUCAUUUAAUGUUA